AAAAAUGUCAAGUUCCCUGGAAAAAGUCGUGGCCCAGAAGAAACAGGCCAUCGAGGCGGUGAUGGACAUGUUUGAGAAGGGCGCUGAGGUGCUGGCGAGCGCUGUGGGAGAGCUCUUCCCUCUCUGUGAGGCUGCCGCUCCGGUUCUCAAACUGGCUCUGGACAGCGUUCACAGCAAGGAGGUGUAUUAUGUCAAAGAGCAGUUCCUGACCGUGCGGAACAAGCUGGACGUGCUCUCCAGUCAGCUGGAGGACAUCGAUGGUGAGAUCAAAAAGGGGAAGCUGGACUCACAGUACUUCUCUGUGGAGGAGAACAUCAGGAACCAGUUCAGGAAGUACAUGGACAUCCUGGAGGCCAAGCAUCAGUUCAAGGAGGUGAAGACCCGACUUUUCUUGGAGCACUUUGCCAAAACUGGUGGAGAGAAGAACCUGUUUGUGCUCUACGAUGCUCUGAUGGGAAUCAACAGCUUUGGAGAACCAAUUCUGGAAGUGGUGGAAAGGUAUGUUGUGAGGAACCGACGUCUUCUAGAGGAUUUCUGUGUUCGGAUGAAGGAGCUCUUCUGCCUCGGCCUGAUCGCUCUGCUGGGACACUGUGCUCUGACCCUGCAGAGCCCAGAAGAAGAGCAGGAAAAAAUCCAAGAGUGGAGCCAAAAAAUAGAAGAAGUAGAAUCCAGAAUGAAGACGACCAUCGAAUCAUGCGUGGCUUCGUUUGCAGAACAAGCAGAACUAGACCUGCAACGCAUCCUGCAAGAACAGGGAGAAGAAACUCUGCAGGACACAAGUCAGCAGAUCCUGGAGUUCCUGGUGAAAAAGUACGACUGGGUAUGCUGGUCGGUGCGGCUCAUCAACCACUCAGGAAGCACCUACAGAAAUUUGCGAGCAGGGAAGCAUUUCUACCACGUGGCUGGACGUAACUGGUUCGAGGUUCUCCAGGUGAACAACAUUGACCUGGUGGUGUCCUACAGCACCCACCCUCAGCCGGUGCCCCGCGACUGCAUCCAGCAGCUGAUGGAGGGUCAGGGGAAGCGGGGCAACGCCCCCGAGGUGGUGGAGGUGCUGGAGAAGCAGCUGUGUGGCUUCGUCGUUCACGCCGUGAGUCGUCACAAAGAGUUUGCAGCUGCAUGGAGCUUUCCGGAAGACUGCCACUACUGGGAACGCCACAAGAACGUAGCAGUUUGUGUUCACUCGGAAUGAGGCAGCAGAGUGCAGCGGUCUAGGUCAAAUGAAACACAGUCUGGAGAAAACGUCCAUCUUUUUCUGUUCAUUCCUGUUGUUGUUCCUUGUUUCUGUAGGCCUGCAGCUUGUUUGUUGGAACAGCUGUAAACACACAGAACAUCUGGUCACCUAAACUAAAUCUGAGGUAACUCCAUGGCAUUCAUAUGGAGGACUGCUUUAGGUCAGCUUAACCACGUUAUCCUCUAAAUUCAAAUUAAAGGCACUCAGAAUCAAGAGGUAACUCUAGGAAAUGAAAUUCAGCCUUCCAAAUAUUCUGCUGUUGCAAGAAUUGUCAUAAAAAGUUGAAUAAAUUCAAGACUAGACCUGAAAUUCUAGUAAAUACCAACAAAUAUUUGAUAAAAAGUUUAACAAACAAGCAGAAAAGACAAACAUCAAGAGGAGAACAGAGGAAAGGACAAUAAAUACUCAGAAUAAACUAUAAACAUGAAAAAUAUGAGAAAGAAAUUACAAACUCAAAAAUCUUUGUAACUCUUCCUUUUACAGUCCCCUAAUUACUAAGUACUUACAUGGUAAUUACAUAGUAAGUUAAAGUGUAUUAUUGUUUCUGAGUUCUUAAACAGUUAUUACCAUGUGACUCAGGUUCAAUCCUAGUUUUAGUUUUUAUUAAUCAUUCCCAGUUUGUACUGCGUUACACAACAAUUACACUGUAUUACAAUUACACACUUUAAUUACACAAUAUUACACUUUAAACUACUAUAUAAUUACCAUGUAAGUACUUAGUAACUGGGGUACUGUAAAAGGAAGUGUUACCAAAAUCUCUUUUUUUCACAGAAUGUCAUCAUUAAUGCGAAUCGCAGACAUAUGCAUCCGUGUUUAAAUACUAACUACAAUGAGAUUAUAUGUAAUCGUAAUAAACUCCUGACUGUUUUACUUAUUUAUGAGCCGUGCUUCACUGUAACGUCUCCCCGAGAAGCAGCUUUUACUUCCCGGCUCCUCUGGAGAGGUUUUGCUGAAGCUGUAGCGACAGGAUGACCCAAAUAACUCUGAGCGGGUUUGUUUGUCAGGUCUGGAAAACAAAAGGCUGAGUCUGGAGACACAACGACGUGCCUUGAGUUUUAAAGAGUUACCGAGACUCAGAACCUCAGAGCUGACUCGAACUGGGUUAUGGGUGGGUUUCAGCAUCAGGGAAAACUGUUGUGCACUUUUAAUCCAGAUGUAACAGAUAUUUAUUAGUUCUUUUCUGUUUUCAGCAAACAUUCAUAUCUGAUUUUGUUUCAAACUGAAGUGAAUUUUGCCUGAAAUCUUAAAGUGAUUUGUUUUCCUGCAGGAAAUCAUCCUGAGCUAAUAAAGUUAUCUGACAUCA